AUGCGGCUGUGGAAGGCGGUGGUGGUGACCUUGGCCUUCAUGAGCCUAGACGUCAGCGUGACCACGGCCAUCUAUGCGGGUAUCACUCUGCAGACCUCGCUUGUCAGCUGGUAUGUGCUCGGAGAGACGUUCCUGCCCUACUACACGGGCCGGGCCAUCGAUGGCAUCGUCAUCCAGAAGAGCAUGGACCAGUUCAGCACAGCCGUCAUCAUUGUGUGCCUGCUGGCCAUCGGCAGCUCAUUUGCCGCAGGUAUUCGGGGCGGCAUUUUUACCCUCAUAUUUGCCAGACUGAACAUUCGCCUCCGAAACUGUCUCUUCCGCUCACUGGUGUCCCAGGAGACGAGCUUCUUUGAUGAGAAUCGCACAGGCGACCUCAUCUCCCGCCUCACCUCGGACACCACCAUGGUCAGCGACCUGGUCUCCCAGAACAUCAAUAUCUUCCUGCGGAACACAGUCAAGGUCACGGGCGUGGUGGUCUUCAUGUUCAGCCUCUCAUGGCAGCUCUCCUUGGUCACCUUCAUGGGCUUCCCCAUCAUCAUGAUGGUGUCCAACAUCUACGGCAAGUACUACAAGAGGCUCUCCAAAGAGGUGCAGAAUGCCCUGGCCAGAGCCAGCAACACGGCCGAGGAGACCAUCAGCGCCAUGAAGACUGUCCGGAGCUUUGCCAAUGAGGAGGAAGAGGCCGAGGUAUACCUGCGGAAGCUGCAGCAGGUGUACCAGCUGAACCUCACGCUGCUGGUGGUCCAGGUCAGCAUCCUCUACUACGGGGGCCACCUCGUCAUCUCGGGCCAGAUGACCAGUGGCAACCUCAUCGCCUUCAUCAUCUACGAGUUUGUCCUGGGAGAUUGUAUGGAGUCUGUGGGCUCCGUCUACAGCGGCCUGAUGCAGGGAGUGGGAGCCGCCGAGAAGGUGUUCGAGUUCAUUGACCGGAAGCCGACCAUGGUGCAUGACGGUAGCUUGGCACCCGAUCACCUAGAGGGCCGGGUGGACUUUGAGAACGUGACCUUCACCUACCGCACUCGGCCCCACACCCAAGUCCUGCAGAAUGUCUCCUUCAGCCUGUCUCCAGGCAAGGUGACCGCCCUUGUGGGGCCCUCAGGCAGCGGGAAGAGCUCCUGCGUCAACAUCCUGGAGAACUUCUACCCCCUGGAGGGGGGCCGCGUGCUGCUGGAUGGCAAGCCCAUCAGCGCCUACGACCACAAGUACUUGCACCGCGUGAUCUCCCUGGUGAGCCAGGAGCCCGUGCUGUUCGCCCGCUCCAUCACAGACAACAUCUCCUACGGCCUGCCCACCGUGCCCUUCGAGAUGGUAGUGGAGGCUGCGCAGAAAGCCAAUGCCCAUGGCUUCAUCAUGGAGCUCCAGGACGGCUACAGCACAGAGACAGGGGAGAAGGGCGCCCAGCUGUCCGGUGGCCAGAAGCAGCGGGUGGCCAUGGCCCGGGCUUUGGUGCGGAACCCACCAGUCCUCAUCCUGGACGAAGCCACGAGCGCUCUGGACGCCGAGAGCGAGUACCUGAUCCAACAGGCCAUCCAUGGCAACCUGCAGAAGCACACGGUGCUCAUCAUUGCGCACCGGCUGAGCACUGUGGAGCGGGCGCACCUCAUCGUGGUGCUGGACAAGGGCCGCGUCGUGCAGCAAGGCACCCACCAGCAGCUGCUGGCCCAGGGCGGCCUCUAUGCCAAGCUGGUGCAGCGGCAGAUGCUGGGGCUCGAGCCCGCCAUGGACUACACAGCCGGCCACAAAGAGCCUCCGGGCAACGGCACUCACAAGGCCUGACCGGCAACCCCUGCCUCUCCCAGUGGGGCAGAGGCCCUGGUGCCCACACAGCAGGUGUGCCCGUGGCGGCCCCGGCAGCCCCCAGCUGCCCUCCAAGCCCAGGCCCACAGCACUGGAGGGCGAUGCCACAUCCCACGGAUCACCGCUUCCUGCAUCUUGCCCCUGGUUCCUCCCCAUUCCCGGGGCACCACCUGCCCCCGCUGCCGUGAGCCACCCCCCGCCCCACGGGCCUCCCCAGGCUCCUGCACAAAGACGGAGCCACCUUUUUAAACCCAGAUC